UGUAAAAAAUAAUAAUAAUCUUAACGCAGUCGGAGUUUUCUUCUAGUUUUCCUCAUUCAGGCGUAAGCAAUCGUUCCCAAAUGAAUCGAUUAAACGAGCUCUAGGCUGGGGAAGAUGGCAUCUUCUAAACAACCUGAUCCGCAAACACAGGUUGAUGCCACAGAUCUCCCUGUACAUCAGAAUGGAGCAAUAUGUCAGCCAUUUUACCUGGGACCUUUUGUAAACAGUCAGCCAGCCAACGCAGCCACCAAACUCAUGGCUGAGCCUGGCGCUUCUUCCAGAGAUGAGGUUCCCCCCAGAGAAGCACUGAUAGCCACAGCUGUAAAAUUUUUACAGAACCAAAAAGUCCGUCAAAGUCUACUGGACACCAGAAAAGCUUUUUUGAAGAAAAAAGGUCUGACUGAUGUGGAGAUAGAGCUUGCCAUCCAGCGCUCAGGCAGCACUGAUGAGCCCCUGGCCCUUACCCCUGUUGGACCCCAAUAUCCCCUUCCUGCCCACCAGCUGGAACCUGUACACUACAGUCCCCGUGGCUACAGAUGGAGAGAUUAUGGUGCCCUCACUGUCAUCAUGAUGGGCAUGGCCUUUGGCUUCCAUCAGCUCUACAAGAAAUACAUCCUUCCCCUCAUUAUGGGAAGCAAAGAGGACAAGAAGCAUCUGCAGAGGAUGGAGAGCAACAUGGCGGAGAUGAGUGGCACGCUGACACGGACAGUGACACAACUUCAGCAGACUCUGGCUACAGUACAGGAGCUCCUGAUCCAGCAGCAGCAGAAAAUACAGGACCUGUCUCAGGAACUAACUACAUCUGAGGCAUACUCUUCAAACAACCGCAUCCUGGACACUCAGCUCAUUGGUGAACUGAAAGCUGAAAUAGUGUCCCUGAAGGGCUUGCUCCUCAGCAGGAAGCAGUUCCCUGCGUCGCCUUCCGUCCCAAAGAUCCCCUCCUGGCAGAUGCCCCUGAAGCCCGCCACCGUCUCCACUAGCUCUCCGUCUGUCAACCACACCAACAGCAGCAGCGACAUCUCCCCCGUCAGCAAUGAGUCGGCUUCCUCCUCCCCUAUCAAAGAUGUUCGCCACAGCCCCCAAGAUCCCCUGGGAGGCCUGGACAGAGCUCACAGCCUCAACGGAGAGAACAGCGCAGGGCUGGAAGCAGGAGCCACACUCAAGGGCCAGGUCCGCAUGGAGGUGCAGGGCGAGGAGAAGGAGGAGGAGGAGGAGGAUCUUAGCCAUGUGGAUGAGGAGAGUCUAAGCGUACCAGCAGAGGAUCGUCGAGGAGGGGAUGGACAGAUCAAUGAACAGGUGGACAAGCUGAGGAGGCCCGAGGGGGCCAGCAAUGAAAGCGAGGUGGAUUAGACCAGUCUGGGUACAGAAAGCACAACAAAACCCUUUUUCCUCACCUUUCUCAUUUCAGUUGACGGUCCUUUUUCACUCUGAUCCUGGUUAAAUUGAAUUGCUGUAGUUAGUUUUUUUUUCUUCUGUCAUAGUCUGUGAUCUGAAUCAAGAUAUGCAAGUACGUAAAGGGUUAAGAAACACAACAAAUAUUGGUGUGUCUAUGUGUGUCUGUGUCUCUGUAGGUACUUAGAGUUUUUCACCAAGCAAACAAAGCUAUUGCAUGCCUGGGACAGUUCCAGCAAUCAUAAAGCUUUAUUUAAUACAAAUGAUUCUGAAAAACGCUACAUUCCUGCUUCCUCUCAUGUGUGGCACUCAGUACUGUCAAUUUGACUGGCUGUAAUCACCUGCUGCACUGUGCUUGGUUUCCUAAGGGAUAUUGCGUCGGAGCUAAUUUGAGUAAUAAUUUGAGGUUGUUUCUCAAAUGGCACCCUUUUGGCUACAUAGGUUGCAUCUCAAAUGGAGAUAAACAGAAAAGGUAGCCAUUUGGUGUAGAACCUGAGUAACUUGUUCUUAACACCUAAUACAUUAUACGCUUCACUUCUCUGUCAUGAAUCAGGUGGCUUGUUCUUCCGUACUUGUGUCAAAGUCACCAUGAAAUGACUGAAGGCGUUACUGGGGUUGUGUCUGAACUGCCGUGUCCACACAGAGUCCCGGGUGCAGAAGGAGAGGAAACGCAGCAGGACAAGCAACAUUAGGCUACGUUGCAAUUAAAAUCCUUCCUCACAUGUUGGUGUCAGUCCGUCAAUAAUUUAGGAAGGCCAGAAGGUGGCAUUUGGGCUGAAAUAAAAGCUCUGAAAUCUGAGACUAGAACGUGACGACGGUUUUGUUCCCGCCAGUGUUCAAGAGCACUCAAAGGAUGUUUUUUCCCCUCUCUCCUUUAAAGGGGCUGCCUCGUGCAGCGUAUCUCUCUAUGUGGUGAAAGUGAGUCCAGUCUGCCUCUUCAGCUGUCCCUCAGUCUGCAGCAGGGCUGGCUGGUUUGGUUUAUGAAGUAUGUUAAUAAUCAAAUGAUCAACAAAUAACAGAUGUAUUAGUUCAUGCAGCUUGAAAUGUCAAGGAGGCUAAAAGUUAAAAUCUAAUCGUGAAAGCCCUGUUGUAUUAUAUUAUUUCAUGACAAACCCUCCGGUCCAAAUUAUAUAGGCCUCCUACAGUGACUAAUCUUUUACACUAAAGCAGAGCCAAUAUUCUGUCAUUAAACCGUGUUAGACAGUGGUUGUUGCCAUGGAUUUUUGAGUGUUCUGGUGGGUCUUUUUUCGCGUGAAUCUGGCUCUGAAGGGGGGUGGGGGGGGGUGAUUGAAACGGAAGGUACCAUAUUAAAUUACUCACUUCCCAGCUGAUAAGAUGAAAAGAGAGGAAAAAGGGUCCAGUGUAUGAGCUCUGUUGUGUCAUUUUAACAUUCAAGGACCUCCCAAGUAGCGCAAUAAUGGUUGACCUUGUUUAGCCGUACUGCGCCAACUGAAGACCUUUGUCUUUCAAUAGUAGUGGAUGUUGACCUUGUUUAGCCGUACUCCGCCAACUGAAGACCUUUGUAUUUUAAGAACAGAAUAUGUACUAAAACAUCUAAAGUAUAAUACCGUUAUGAGAUAUGUUUUUGGUUUGCUGUUGUAUUUGAUUUAAUCUGACAUUCUGAUUCAUACAUUUGUCUGAGAAUGAAGACCACUUGAUAAUAUUGUGACAGAAAUGUUGCACAUUCACUGUAGUUUAUCUGUGUAUACAAUGUACCCAGCUUCUAACUGUGCGGAUAAGAACUUCGGAUAUGGAACAUGUGUAUAUAAUUGUAAUAAAUUUGGCUUAUCACAA